AUGUUUUCCCCAGGGAUGGAGCUGUUUGUGCUUGUGGUAACGAUUCUGCCUUGUCUGUGUUUCGAUCCACCUACAGGAAAUGUAGUGAUGUGGCCAUUCGGUACCUACAGCGUACAGGCAGACACAACAGUAAUGCUCAAUUGUAGUGUAGAGGGUGGAAACCCUCUGGCAACACUGACAUGGCAGUGCAAAGGGUCAACCUUUGUCGGGCAGAAUCUGAGCUAUCUCACAACAUCAGACUCCAGACUGGAAUUAAAAGUGGACAAAACCUACCACCAGCAAAAUUGUUUGUGUACAGCCAGACAACAGGCUAGUCCUAAUGGAUGGGUUGGCACGAUGUCUGUUCAAUUUAAUGUCCUCUAUGCUCCUGACGUGGAUACAUUCAUUAUACAGAGCGAGCCAGUGUACGAGGGACAAACAUUAAAUAUGUAUUGCAAAAUGCAGGGUGGUAAUCCUUUGGCCACCCUUACCUGGUCCUGUGUGAACCAGCCGAAUGUGGCAUCCUAUAACAUCAGCAUACCAACAGACGCUGUAUGGAAGUUAGAAAUCACCUCUAUUAACAGAUCAUACAACGGCAUGCGAUGUACAUGCACUGCAACGCAUAAAGAGUUCGCACAGAGGCUGAACAAAUAUAAUUCAAUCAUAGUGUAUUAUCCACCUACAGGAAGUGUAGUGAUGUCGCCAUCCGGUACAUACAACGUUCAGACGGGUAUAACAGUAACACUCGAAUGUCGGGUAGAGGGUGGUAACCCUCUAGCAACACUGAGAUGGCAGUGUAAAAGGUCAACAGUGGAAGGACAGAAUCUGACCAAUGAGACAACAGCAGCCUCCAGACUGAUAUUAAAUGUGGACAGAACCUUUCACCAACAACAGUGUGUGUGUUUAGCCGGACACCAGGCUAGUCCUAACGGACAGUUUGGUAGGAAGUCUGUUCAGUUUAAUAUCCUCUACAAGCCCAUCAUUACUCUAGACAGUUCUACUGCCUACAUCAACGAGAGUGUGGACUUUCGCAGGAUUUGUAAAGCAGAAAGUAACCCUUCUCCUAGUGUGGCCUGGUAUCGUGGAACAACUUUUAAGCAGUCAAACGGGAUACUCAGCAUCCCCAGGAUAGAUAGAACAGACGCGGCCAGCUAUGUAUGUGCUGCAACGGCAGGGUCUACAGCGAUUCUAAAAUCUACGGAGCGGUUUAUGCUUGUCGUCCAAUACGGACCUGAUGUAAACCUUACAAUCACCAACACAACAGAAAACGCAACAAACGUUCGUCUGGUUUGUACAGCUAAUGGUGUACCUCCCCAGUACACAUACAGGUGGAAACACAUGUUAGGAUCUACAGUGAUUAGAGACACGUUUGACCAGGUGACGAGUUCAGGGUCAGUUAGUACACUGACCAUCCCUAGAGUGACCUACGAGGUUAUGGGGACAUAUGUCUGUGAGGUAAACAACGGAUAUAGGGGUAGAGAUGGUCAGAUUGCACAGACACGACAAGACUUCCUGUAUGUGAGAGGCAGACCACGAGCAAUCAGUGUACAGAAUACAUAUGUAACAGACAAAGGCACCUCUCUUGACAUCAACAUUACUUACAUCAGUUUCCCUGAGGCUUUGAACACUUCCAUCUUACGAGGAAGCUCUGCUUUACCUCCAAAGGGUGAACUUUCUGUCACGGUCUCGUCCGUUCCAGUGACGGUGCUAUUCUUUAACAAGAACGUUUCGAUUGACGGUUACAUCGUGCAGCUACACUUCAGCACGUUUGAGACUAGACACCAGGGCCGCUAUCAGCUGUAUGUUUGGAAUGAGUAUACUUACUAUUACGACUUCGAAAUAAUUAUAUCAGACAAGCCAGAUCACCCUACAGGCCUUGUGAUUGAUCAAAUCACGAAAAGCAGUGCCGUCGUAUCGUGGACCCCCGGGGAGGACAACGGAAAUAUUCAAACAUUCACAUUGACUUGUCAGGAAAACAACGGUGAAUUCCACACAAAUAUCACCCUGAACUAUACAAUUUCAUCAUUAACAGUUGAAAAUCUCGAUAUAUCAACGGAGUAUGACGUAACUGUCUAUGCACGCAACGCAAUGGGAACAAGUGAAUCCAUCACUAGUACAUUCAAUACAAUUUCAGUUGCUGUAACAUUAAGCGGGUCCUCUGAGUACGCUGUCCCCGGGAAUGACUUUACCCUGACGUGUGACGUACCAGAUGAGGCCAACAGUGUCCAGCUGUACCGUCGUCCUGACGUGUUUUUACCAGUAGGUAGUUUACAAGUAGCUCUCGGACAAUGCUACAACACCUUAACAACACCCGUCCAAUGUGGCCCAAAUGUCUGCUCAUGUAUUGCCAACUCGACUCUCUAUGGUACAGUGUUCCAGUGGGUCAUACAGCCACGGACAGGGGACCAUGGAUCUGUGUGGUUUUGUCGUCGUACCAACCCAAAUCUACCUGUCAGUGUUGAAGAGAGCCCCGACUACACACUUAAUGUUGCGGAUCUGAACAAUUCAUUAAGUGUCCAUUUCGGUUAUAAUUUAGAUUUCUGGAUUUAG